AUAAAGUGCCAAGAAGAUGAUGAUGAAGAAGAAGAAGAAGAAGAAGAAGAAGAAGAAGAAGCAGCUAUGGUGUUGUCAUGUCAACGGAUCCACCUCCUGUGUGUGUGGACUGAAGCAAACAUAUAGCAACCAAGAAUUCCAUGUUUAUUCACCUGCCACUAAUCUUUCGGCACCUGUAAAUUGUACAGCUAUCGUCGCAUUCAUGGCCCAUUACAGAGCCUCGGAAUCAAAAAGAGAACAGUUUAGAAGAUACCUUGAAAAAUCUGGAGUUCUUGACACUAUAACAAGAGUUUUAGUGUCACUGUAUGAAGAGACUGACAAACCUGACAAUGCACUGGAUUUCAUAAAGCUUCACCUUGGUGCAGCUGCUUUAGAGCCAGCAGACGCUGAGGCUCUUCGUAUGGAGCUGUCUGACCUACAUCAGAAAUGUAACCUGCUUAUGGAGGAGAACGAAGAACUGAGAAACAGGCUGCUGCAGUACGAACCAUCACCUGAGGAGGGAGCAGCGUAGUAGAAAGGAUUUUUGUCAUCACUGUCUAGAGUUUAAAAAAAAAAAUUAAACAAUAGCAAUUUUUGAAGAAUAUGUAAAUGUUUAUUAAAUGGAUGUACAGUGAACACAGAAUCACUGCUAUUCUUUUGUUAUAUAACAAGAAACAACUUUUGCUUUGGCAAUCUCAUUGUUCCUGUUUUCAACCAAAGGAUACGCUUACACACGCAGCAACC